UAGGGAUUAUAGCGUAUUUUAGGGGAUGGAGAGUGGGUUAUUUAAGAGUUAAUGCUUUUAUAGGUGAAAAGAAAAGAGUUAAGAUGUUGUAAAUGUGAUGAGGAGAUUUUAGAUGAAGAAUAUUUUCAGCUCUCGUCAUGUUGCCAUCUCAUCUGUGAAGAUUGCUUUAUAACCUUAGUUAAGAUUGAAUAUCAAGCAAAGGACAUGGUUGAUUGUCCAAAGUGAGCAAAAUUCAUUCAUGAAGAAGAAAUUGAAAUUCUUUUGGGAGAAGAAUGGAUAAGAAUUCUAGAAGAAAUACAAAAAUCAGAAAAAUGUCCAAAAGAAGGUUUUGUUCGAUGAAGAUGCGGAGAAGAUAUCAAAGUAGUUAAACAUAAGACAAAAUAUGAUGCAAUUGACGAUCAAGGGAAGACUAUAUCUCGUGAGGCAGCCGAACACCUCGCCAUGUACAAGACCAAGUGCAAAGCUUGUAAGGACGACUUUUGUGCCAAAUGCAUGGUGAACCCCUACCACUUCGGAUUCACUUGUCCACAACACAGAGAACACGUGGAGUCGGAUAAGUGAAGAUACUGAGGAGUGGCCAUCAAGAAGAAGAGGAAAAGAGGCAUUCUCCAAUUCGUCUGAAGCAAUCUAGAAUGAAAGAAGAUAGCCAAGCAAGCUUGUCCAGAAGUCCUGGAAUGAGGGCAUAUUUGCAAUGGAACUCGCAAAGAGGAAGAAUGCCUUCCUUGCUUAGAGCCAGAAUGAGUCAAAGAUGAUGAGUCUAAAACUCUCGGUGAAACCAAAGAUUCCAACUGUCUGAUCUGCUUCAGCGAUACACUCGGCUCUCAGCCUUGUGUCCAACUGGAGUGCAAGCACAUCUUCCACAUAGACUGCAUGAUCACAAAAAUGGAGAUGAAGUGGUUUGGGCCAAGGAUCCACUUUGCAUACAAGAAGUGUCCUGUUUGUAAGGCUGACAUUCAAGAGAGUUACAACAAGAAGCUCCAGAUACUCCUAGACGAAGCCAACGAACUCGAAGCACAAGUCAGAGCAAAGGCAGUCGAGCGAGGAAAGCUUGAGGGUCUUGACAAAGACGAAAGGCUCAAAGAUGAGCAAGACGAUUACUUUGAGAACUACGAAGAGUACUGCCUUGACCGAUUGGCUUACUACAUUUGAUUUAGGUGCCAACAUAUUUACUACGGAGGAAUGCGAGAAUGUGGAAAUGCCUUAGAAAAUCCUGAAGAUUACAAGCCUGAAGAUUAUGCAUGUGAGGAGUGAAGAAUGGAAGACUUUGCUGGAAAAGCCAAUUGUGACAUCCACGGGGAUGAGUUUAUUGAAUGGAAAUGUAGAUACUGCUGCAAUUAUUCAAGAUAUUUUUGAGGUGGAUGCACUCAUUACUGAGAUCCAUGUCAUUCAAGAUGAAAUGCAACCCCAAAAAAGUGACCAGGACUUCCAGAAUGCCAAAUUUUGAUGGAUCAUCCUUCGGAUGGUACUGAAUUUGCAAUGGGAUGCGCAUUGUGUAAAAAUGAAAGAGAGCAUUAAAUCCUUUGUUUCAAUCUAUUCUAAUCAA